UGACAUCAGAGUGCAGACUUUAUAAAUGUCAGCCGGCCCAGAGGUGGUUGAGACAGACGGAGCUCGCCAUCAUGGACCGACUGCUGUGUGACUCUGUGAUGGCUUUGGCCCUGCUGAUGCUUGCUGUGGCCUCACAGGUGUUGUGUCAGCUGUGCAAUCGGCCGUGCCUUUGUCCCCGUCCCGUCCCACAAUGUCCCCUGGGAGUUCCCCUGGUGCCGGAUGACUGCAGGUGCUGCCAGGUGUGUGCACGGCAGCAAGGUGAGCCGUGCAACCAGAAGUUCCCCUGUGACGCCCAAAGGAUGCUGAAGUGUGACUACAGUGCUAGCUUCCCUGGAGGCCCUGGAGAGUGUGUCAGUCGGGAGGAUCUGGCUUGCGAAGUCAAUGGCAUCAGCUACCAAGAUGGCCAGUCCUUUCAGCCCUCAUGUGACACCUACUGCCACUGCAGAGGUGGAGGUGUGAGCUGUGUGCCCACUUGUCCCCUCAAUGUACGAAUGCCCACUUCGGACUGUCCGCAUCCACAGCAUGUCCGACUACCUGGGAAGUGUUGCAAGGAAUGGGUGUGCGAGAACCUGGAGAACUCUGUCCUUCAGGACGCCAUCACAGCCAUGAGACCAAACGUGCAGUGGCCACCAUCACCGGUCCAAGCUGUCUCCACCUGUGCCGAGCAAAGCACCCAGUGGAGCGCCUGUUCCCAGAGCUGCGGGGCCGGGAUCUCCACACGCGUCUCCAACCAGAAUCUGGCUUGCAGGCUACAAAUGGAGACGCGCCUUUGUAAAGUGCGACCCUGCCAUUCACAGCUUCCCAUGCCCAACAGAACCAUGCGAGGGCAGCAGGGCCAGUGCACGGCCAGCUACACAUCACAGGGGCCCAUUCGGCUGGUUCACCAGGGCUGCCACAGCACACGGUCGUACCAGCUCCACUACUGCGGACGCUGCACCGACUUGCGCUGCUGUACGCCUUUCCAAACGUCCACGGCCCAGAUGACCUUCCGCUGCCCAACUGGCAGGCUUCUACAGCGGGCUGUGAUGAUGAUCCACUCGUGUGCCUGCCAUACCAACUGCCCCUAAGCCCCAUUCAAAAACCCAGCUCUUUGGGGGUACAGACCCUGAUUCAUCACCAUGGUAACAUCAAGACUUUCAAAAAAAAAGAUUUGGAUGGAAAACUGUCAAAAAGAAAACCUCUGCACAAUGUACACUAGGAGAAGGUUAACAUGCUGACAUUUCCAGGAGCUUUGCUGCAAUGUGUUGUGUAAAAAAAUGUGGAAAUAUGAGUGCAACAAAGCAUUAAGACUGUCGGGCGAAGAGAACUGAGAAUAGAAUUUAGUCCGCGCUUCUUUUACUGUACUUUAUGAAAAACAGAUUUUCUGGAGCCCAUUUAGCUGACAUCAGACUCUUGUUUACUCUCUCGCCAUAGGAAGUAAAAUCCAUUAAUUGCCUUUAAAGUACCAGUAGAGUGGAAAAACAAGUUGCCUCUACAUUGAAGCUAUUAUCAUAUAUAUCUGAUGUAUGACACCUAAAAACUUCCAAAGUUUGUGACUAAAUAGAUAUUAUCAAAAUAGUACCAAUCUCACUGAGAUUUUCAGAAAUUAUAAGGAAGCCAGACACGUCAUUGCUGGAUGUAGAGGUAGGGACCGCAGAUCCCUUCGCCACCAAAAACAAUGCAAAUCAUUCAGAUUUUGGGAGAGCCAACAACGAUUGCUUUGGGCAAAAUAGUGAUCCAGAACCUUAUAUUGUUGAUCCUGAAUAUAAGGAGGAUGAUCUACAAGUUUUAAACGCUUUGCUAAAAAAGCCACCUUUAGUGAAACACUAAGCAUCAUGUAGCAGUAUUGCUAAGUGCUUAACAAGAAAUAAAAACUAAAAACAUAAUAAAAAGAUAGCUCACUGUACAAUGUCUGCUCUUACUUCGAUGACGACUGAUAGGAUGUCCGUAUCUUCCUGUUUAGAUGAACAAUUAAUCAUGAUGCACACAAAGGGUUAACAAGGAAGUCUCCCUGCAGACACUGUCUUCAAUUGUGUGUUUGUAUCCUUCUACGGGUAUACUUUAAAUGUCAUCGAUGAACAGCUUUUAGAUCCAACGCUAAAUCCUCCAAUUAUCCAGAUCAGGGGCAUGAUUUACAAUUUAGAAUAACUGACGAGCCGAGACGCGAUGAUGCGGCAGCAGCAGGACAUUGCUGCCGGCUGACAGUAAAGGCAGCAGAGGGCUACUGAGCUCUCUGUAUCAUUGCGUCACUAAGAAAUAGUUUGUUUGCGUUAGCGCUUAUAAUAAUAACAUCGCUAAUAUUUGAUUAAUAUUCAGGUCACAAAAUGUGUAUAGAGUAUUGUUGGCGGGUUUUGUAUGGUUAUUUAAAGAGUUUUGUGGGCAAAAUAGAGAGCCCUCAUUGACUACAUUGUUAGCUGACUUUUUAUGUAUUUAUUUAUUUACGACUUAGAAUGCAUAAAAAAAGAAAAAAACAUAUGUGUUCAUGUCUUAUAUAGAGAUUGUGUAUAAGAGACGGCACAUCUCUGUCUAAAUGUUGCGUAUUUCCUGUAUUAAUGAUAUGAUAUCAUGGUCAGAGUGCAGAAGUGUUACAGCAGUGACGUCAAUCUACGGAAAUGACCAAACACGUUCGGAGCGCAAUAUUCAAAAUGGCUGACUGAAUUGUGGGAUUUAGUGAUGUUUAAACUGUGUUUUUACAUACUUUGCGGAUUGUAAAUAUGAUUGGAUAUGGUUUAAUGGAUACAAUUAAACACAACUGAGCAUAUAAAGUCAACAUGUUUUUCCACUCUACUGGUACUUUAAACACAAAGUUAGCUUAGCAGAUGUUACAUUUUAUACGUUUUUCCUUAUUUUGUUUCAA